GCGAAGAGCAUCACUAUCAGUACAUCCGUGACAAUGUGGUGGCGCACGUGUGUGGUGCUGGUCUGCGUGACAGCAGUUCUGGCUGACGAGGAGUGGCGGCAAGUGAACACUGCGCAGGGGCCCGUGCGCGGACAGAAGCACCCCAGCGGACAUCUGUACGCGUUCUACAAUGUACCCUACGCCACUGCGCCUAAGGGCAUACAUAAAUUCAAGGCACCUCUAUCGCCACCAGUACGAACAGAGCCAUUCGAUGCCGUCAACAAAAAUGUGGUAUGUCCACAGUAUAUAGACAUGGAUUCCAAGAUGCCAGGACGUCAUUUAGAGCAGUCAGAAGAUUGUCUUAUUGCUAACAUAUUCGUUCCCGACACAAAUGAAAACAAUCUUCCAGUUCUCGUUUAUGUACAUGGUGGGGCGUUCAUUCUGGGCUUCGGUGAUAUGAUGAGAGCAACACAAUUAAUGAAGUCUAAAGAUUUCAUCAUGGUGACAUUUAACUAUCGUGUCGGCAUUCACGGGUUUCUUUGUUUGGGCACUGAGGACGUACCAGGCAAUGCGGGCAUGAAGGAUCAAGUGGCGCUGUUGCGCUGGGUGAAGGACAACAUCGCUAACUUCGGUGGUGACCCUAAUAAAGUAACCCUUGCAGGGUACAGUGCAGGUUCCACAUCCGUGGAUUUAUUGAUGCUCUCAAAGGCUGCAAAAGGUCUAUUUCACCGUGUCAUUCCUGAGAGUGGUGCAAACCUUGCAGCAUUUGGAAUGCAGAGGAAUCCUUUAGAGGUCGCCAAAAGUCAUGCCAAGACUCUACAGUUCACAAAUGUUGAAGAUAUUUCUGCCCUGGAGCAGUUCUACAAGACAGCGUCGAUGGAGCUGUUGACUGCAGACUCAUUCCUUUUUAGACCUGAUUCAACAUUUUUGUUUGGGCCAUGUGUGGAACGUGAUACAGAAGGAGCAUUUCUAACGGAAUCUCCUCUGACCAUACUAAAGAACGGCGAUUUUGAAAAGUUACCAAUGCUAUAUGGUUUCGCGAACAUGGAAGGUCUUUUCCGUAUUGACAUGUUUAACGUUUGGAAAGACAAGAUGAAUUCUAAGUUUGCUGAGUUUUUGCCAGCUGAUUUAAAGUUUGAAACUGAUGGAGCCAGAGAGGAGGUGAUCGAAUUAAUAAAGAAGUUCUACUUUGGUGGGCAGCCUGUCAGCAAUGACAAUAUUCUGAGAUACGUGGACUAUUUUUCGGAUGUUCCAUUUGUUUAUCCUACGCUACGGUCUGCAAAGUUGCAAGUGGAGGCUGGUAACGAUCAAGUAUAUCUGUAUGAAUACUCAUUCGUAGAUGAGAACGACAAUGUAGUACCACACACUAACGUGCGAGGUGCUGACCACGUCGCUCAGACGGUGGCUCUAAUGGAUGGUGAAGAUGAAAGUCUCGAACCGCAGGCAUAUCAGAAUAUGAGGAAGAUAAUCCGUGAAAUAUGGCACAACUUUAUCAUAACUGGAACACCCGUGCCAGCAGACUCGUCGCUGCCUGCGUGGCCUCCAGCACGCGCCGACAGGUCGCCGCACAUGCGGCUUCUUGAGAAACCGGUGCUACAAGGGGUGCUGCUAGGAGAACGCGCUCAGUUUUGGGACGAUAUUUACGAAAAAUACUACCUUGAUGCAGUACCACCCGCGGCACCAAAUACUGGCAAUGACAACGACAACGACGGUGGCAACGGAGGCGAGGGUGACGGUGGCAAUGGCGGUGAGGGUGACGGGGGCAACGGUGGCGAGGGUGACGGUGGCAAUGGCGGCGAGGGCGACGGUGGCAAUGGCGGCGAGGGUGACGGGGGCAACGGUGGCGAGGGCGACGGUGGCAACGGCGGCGAGGGUGACGGUGGCGAAGGCGACGGUGGCGAAGGUGACGGUGGCGAAGGCGACGGUGGCGAAGGUGACGGUGGCGACGGUGGCGAAGGCGACGGUGGCGAAGGCGACGGUGGCGAAGGCGACGGUGGCGAAGGUGACGGUGGCGACGGCGACGGUGGCGACGGUGGCGAAGGUGACGGUGGCGACGGUGGCGAAGGCGACGGUGGCAACGACAGUGGCGACAACACCGACAGCGGCAGCGGUGACGACAACGGCAGCGGUGACGAUGAAGACGAUACCGACGCCGCCGAUAGUGCGGGACACCGCGAUCUAAUUGGCUCUAAAUUAAUGAUCCUAACUGUUGUGUUGUAUUUUUCAAAGCUUUUAUUAAAUACGAAUUAGGCGGUCAAUAAGAUUAGACAAUUAGAUUACUGUAACUAAUUUCAAAUAAUUAACAUGCUUCUAUUAGGCCGACCCGUAUGUGACUUACUACGUAAUGGAAUCUAAAGUAACUUGUAAAACCAUCUUCUGAGGAUCGUGACGUCAUGAAAAUUGGCAACUGUAUGUUGUACAAUAAUAUGGUACCUACUGUCAAACUGAUCUGAUGAUGGGGCUGGAAGAUAUGAACUGGAACUUCAAGAUGGAGUAUUUUCUCAUAGCUGUGUUUGGACUUGUUAGUAAAGUCUGACCAGUGAGUGAUGAAGUUUGACCAUUUUUACGUGCAUUUAUAAAAGCGUGUUUUUGUGUUUUUCUAAUUAUUAAUUUAUUUGUUUACUAAAUAUGUACUUGAAUAUCCUCAUAGAGAGUGUUUUGUUCACGUAAUUGUUGUCGAGUCGAGACAGAUUGAGUUAUAAUUUUAUGUAAUAUCUUAUUAUGAAAAUAUUGUUGAAAAUAAAUAAAUGAUGCAUUUAUAAUGACGAA